AUGAUUAUGGGCAACCGAAACGGUGUCGUGUUCAGACUCAUGAGCAUGCCUCUAGGUCGUCUUUGUCUUCGCCCACAUGCGUCUGUGCAGCUCUCUCGUUUUACUUCAACUUCGACAGACAAAAGUUCCACUCAGGCCCUAGACGGAGACUUCUUUUCAUUGAACAAAAGGAUCUCCCAUUUGAUCCGAACUGGCCAGAUAGCCCAAGCGAGGGAAGAUUUUGAUAGGAUGGAGCAACGAAAUGUUGUAACUUGGAAUUCAAUGAUCACUGGGUAUGUAAAACGCAGAGAGAUGGCGAAGGCGCGUAAGUUGUUUGAUGAAAUGCCUGAGAGAGAUGUGGUUUCGUGGAAUUUGAUGAUAUCGGGGUAUAUAUCUUGUCGUGGAGAUAGGUAUAUUGAGGAGGGGAGGAGUUUGUUUGAUCAAAUGCCAGUGAGGGAUUGUGUAUCUUGGAACACAAUGAUUAGUGGGUAUGCCAAGAAUCAGAGGAUGACUGAGGCAUUACAGCUUUUUAGUAGAAUGCCUAACCAGAGUGUUGUUUCUUGGAAUGCAAUGAUUACUGGGUUUUUGCAGAACGGUGACGUUGUGCAUGCAAUUGAGUUCUUUGAGAGAAUGCCAGAACGGGAUCGGGCUUCUCUUAGUGCACUUGUAUCGGGGCUUAUUCAGAAUGGUGAAUUGGAUGAAGCUGCAAGGAUUCUUCUCGAAUGUGGGAACAGGGAUGAUGGAAGAGAAGAUUUGGUGCAUGCUUAUAAUACUUUGAUUGCUGGUUAUGGUCAGAGAGGAAGGGUUGAAGAAGCCAGGAAGCUUUUUGAUCAAAUCCCAUUGUCGCAUGAGAAGGGAAAAGAGGGCAAUAUGAGGUUUGAGAGAAAUGUAGUAUCAUGGAAUACCAUGAUUAUGUGCUACGUGAAAGCAGGAAAUAUUGUUUCCGCCAGGGAACUUUUUGACCAAAUGAGAGAACGAGACACCUUUUCUUGGAAUACCAUGAUCAGUGGCUAUGUACAUGCGUCAGAUAUGGAAGAGGCCUCCAGCCUCUUUAGUAAAAUGCCAAAUCCUGAUGCACUGUCAUGGAAUUCAUUGAUAUUAGGGUAUUCCCAGGUUGGAUGUUUAGAAUUGGCUCAUGAUUUUUUCGAGAAGAUGCCCCAAAAGAACCUGGUCUCUUGGAACUCCAUGAUAGCAGGGUAUGAGAAAAAUGAGGACUUUGUAGGAGCAGUCAAGCUCUUUGCUCUAAUGCAGCUUGAGGGAGAGAAACCUGAUAGACACACUUUAUCUUCAGUUCUCAGUGUGAGUACUGGGUUGGUAGAUCUGCAUCUUGGCAUGCAGGUUCAUCAGAUGGUCACAAAGACAGUUAUUGCAGAUGUGCCAUUAAACAACUCCCUUAUCACUAUGUAUUCUCGAUGUGGUGAAAUAAAAGAGGCACAUACAAUAUUUGAUAAGAUGAAAAUGCAGAAAGAUGUUAUCUCCUGGAAUGCAAUGAUUGGAGGCUAUGCAUCUCAUGGUUUUGCUGCAGAGGCUUUAGAACUUUUCGCUUUGAUGAAGAGGUUAAAGGUGCGGCCUACUUAUAUAACAUUUAUCGCAGUGUUGAAUGCAUGUGCUCAUGCAGGAUUAGUUGAUGAAGGCCGGAGUCAAUUUAAAUCCAUGAUUAGUGAAUUUGGAAUUGAGCCACGUGUUGAACACUAUGCCUCCCUUGUGGACAUCAUCGGUCGGCAUGGGCAGCUUGAGGAGGCCAUGGGUUUGAUUAAGAGCAUGCCAUUCGAGCCAGACAAGGCUGUAUGGGGAGCAUUGUUAGGUGCUUGUAGAGUGCAUAACAAUGUAGCGUUGGCCCGAGUUGCAGCUGAAGCAUUAAUGAGACUUGAACCCGAAAGCUCAGCUCCAUAUGUAUUGCUAUACAAUAUGUAUGCUGACGCUGAACUAUGGGAUGAUGCGGCAGAGGUGAGAUUGAUGAUGGAUAAGAAUAAUAUAAGAAAGCAUGCGGCUUAUAGUCGGGUAGAUUCUUCCCAUUUCUAA